UAUCCUUCUUUUUAAAGACAACAUUACAGUCUAAUGGGACUGAAGUUCAUUUAUAGUAACUGCAUAGUAAACCGCACUGGCUCAUGUGUGCGCACGCGCGCAUCCACGGACUGUAACGGCGCAGGAAGUCGCGAGAAAAGAAAUCUGACCGUACACCUCAAGAAUAGACGAAUAAAGAGUGUCUAUACAGCAGAAGGCUUCGUUGGGUUAACAGAAACGCUAAUCGUCUGUGGGUAGCAGCCUCAGCCUCUGUGGCAUCUUGGUGAGUAGUUAUUCUAGCAGCUGUUGAUGCUGUUUCUAUACCCAGAUGUGGUGGUUCCAGGAGGGAUUGUGCUGUUUGCCAGUGCUGUUGGUAGUAUGGUCAUCAGCAACAUUCAUCUUUUCCUACAUCACAGCAGUAGUCCUUCGACAUGUGGAUGUGCUGGUGCCUUAUAUCAGUGAUACUGGCACAACUCCACCCGAAAGAUGUCUUUUUGGAAUUAUGCUGAACAUCUCAUCAUUCUUAGGCAUGGCCACUAUUUAUGUAAGGUACAAGCAAGUGGAAGCCCUGAAUGCUGAGGAGUCUUCAGUUCAGUGUCCUAACAAAUGGGGUCUGGUUCUGGGGUUAUUGAGUUCAGUUGGUCUUUGCAUUGUUGCAAACUUUCAGAAAAGUACCAUUAUUAAAAUUCAUGUAUUUGGUGCUAUCUUGACCUUUGGGGCUGGAGCAAUCUACAUCCUUUUACAAAUUAUCAUCUCCUUCAGAAUGCAGCCUCAUCUUCAUAGCAAGAAAAUCUUCUGGAUCCGAACUGGCCUAGGACUGUGGUGUGCAGCCAGCAUACUGAGCAUGUUAGUAUCCUCAGUUAUAACCUACAGAAGUCUUCCCGGAGUCAACCUAGCUACAAAGCUGCACUGGGAUCCAAAUGAGACGGGAUACACAUCACAUAUGGUCAGUACAAUUUCAGAAUGGCUGCUCUCCUUUUCCUUUCUCAGUUUCUUUCUUACCUACAUUCGAGAUUUUCAGAAAAUCACACUCCGUGCGGAAGUCAGCUUGCGACAACACACUUUGUUUGAAGAGCCUGGCUUCAACUGGGGAGAAAGAACACCUAUCCUUGGGGGGCAUCUCUGAGGUUUCACCAGGGCAUUGUCAAUGGAAAGCGGGAGAAAAGCAGAAGAGCUAUUGCUCAGGUUCUCCUCUUCAUUUAUGACUGCCUAAACAGCCUCUUGCACUUUUAAAAUAUUUUUAUAUGUAUCUGUGUUGGACGAUGGUAUUUCAGAAAAGCACAAGUGAUCAUUUUAUUAUACAAUUACAUUUACAUUUAAUAACCUAACAGAUGCUUUUAUCCAAAGUGACUUAUGAAAGAGGUCAACAUAAUCAAGUAACAUUUAGUCUGGGGACUGUUUUGAAACAAAUGUUACAAAACAAGGUUACAAAAUUGACCAUCACAAGUGAAGAGCUCUAAACCAAGCAGAACAACACAACACUAGUUUCUUUUUAUUAGCAACUAAGUACCUUAGCAUCAAAACCGGUAUCAAUUACAGAACAAAAAAAGCUUCAAACACUUAAUGCAUUGAGUUGGGCAGCAUAGGAGCCACACAUGAAAGGUGCUUGAGAUCUGAUGCCUCAUAGAGGUGCUAUUACCAGACACUUUUCACUAGCAGACCUGAGUGGGUGAGAAGGAGUAUAAGACCUCAUGAGUGCAUCCAUAUACAUAGGAGGUGACCCAUUGAAGACUAUGGGUUUGAACCUAAUGGGGGCAUAACAAGGGGCCAGUGUACUGACCUGCAAAGAGGAGUCCAUUGAAUACAAGACAUGCUGUUGCAUUUGAAAUCAUCUACAGUGGCCUGGUAGCGCAUACAGGUACUUCGACCAGUAAAUGAUUACAGUAGUCCAGACUUGACAAGACCAAUACCUGGACUUUAACUUGUGCUACGUACUCAGUAUGAUAUGGCCUGAUCUUGCUUGAGCGACUGAAUGAAUACAAGACAGUUGCAACAUGAUACAUCACCAUCCUGGCCACCUGUGUCAUCUUUAAAUUAUCCAGGGGGAAAAACUAUUAGCAUACUUUUCAAAUUCUACCUUUCAUGGGGUGAUCACAUCUUCUAAAACAUUUUGUCUACUAGUGUUGAAGAAAGUGUUCCCAAACAGAUGUGACCAUUAUGGCUUCCUGCAUUGAGAGUCGCCUUUGAUUUUGAUGGUGUGUUCUUUUGGAUGCAACUUAGCCCUGAUAGUUCCUUUUAAGAAAUGUAGAAGCAAAGAAAUGAUAAGUGAAAACACUGAAUUUAAGGAUUAAUGUUGUGAAUAAAGACACCUCAUCCCAUAGUCCUCUUGGUGUAUCUCAUAUAUUACCUCAGUGUUUCCCAAAAUUUGAAAUGCAGUAUUCUUGGAGUUUUGAGUGUUUGUGUGGAAAUGCAUAUACACGUUUGAUUCUUAAUAAAAAAAUAUAGAAGUGAUCAGUCAAUUAUUAAAAACUACAGUCAUUUGUGAGCUCCGUCAUAACGUAUAGGCAGAAUCAGUUACAGCUCUAAAAGAGGAAGUGCAGUGAGAGGUAAUUUUCACUUAAUUAACACUGGUUAGCAUUUCCUGAUUCUUUUGUUGCAGCCAAAUACACCUAGGAAGUGUUUGGAAACGCAUCUUACUCCUUUUAGUGAAAAGGUAGAAAAGAAGACAUCAAGUCAUUGUCUUAACUUGCAUUUCUUUAUGAAUUGUUUGCAGAGGGCCAGUGCUCACCCUGGCAGCAUUAGGUUGUCAGUUCAUCACAGGACACACGUACUCUUAUAGUGGGCCAGUAUAAAGUUGGCGGUUAAACUAAGAAGUAUGUGCUUGGGAUGUAGAAGUGAAGCAAAAUAUCAGAAGAAAACCCACACAGACUUGAUGAUAACGUCUUAAGGCACUUAAAAGAUAUUCUUCAAAACUGACUAUUUACAGAAGUAAGGUUUACUUUGUUACAACACUGCAUACAGACACACACAGUGUAAAAAAAAAGAUUAUAGAAAAAUAAAUUCUUCAUGUUUCAGUGCUGUGGGGUACAUGCUUGUAUUUUUUGGCUAAAUACAUAUUUGACUGUUUUGCAUUUGUGCCUCUUACCAUUAUUAAUCUACAUACCUCUUAAAAAUCCUAAAUGUGCAGACUUGUGAUGGCUGUUCUUCAAAACAUAAUCUUUGAUUGUUUGAUGUUUUCCAACAUGUACACCUCUUCAGGCUGUUUUAUCAAUUUUGCAACUGUUACAAAGGAAUAUAUUUACCUGUUUAUAACUUGUGAAAAAAUAAAUACCAUAUUUUUGAUCACAAA